AGUCCGGAGCGACGUUUUUAACGCAAAACUACAAAAAUCUGGUCGGGUCAAUACGCAAAAUGUGCAGAGAAAUUUCCAGGGAUCCAUUAGAAAUUCUAUUCGACGGGUAUUACUACGACAUCACCGAAUUUUCAGCACGCCACCCUGGUGGAGACGUUAUUUUGUACUACACGGAAAAAGGGGAAGAUGCCACGCAAGCCAUUCAACAAUUUCAUAAUCGGUUCUUCCCCAAAGUAAAAUCACUUCUAGAGACGAUGAAAAAGCGACCGGCUACCCAAAUUGAGAAUCCUCUCACACCCGAAGAGGCCAAGCGACAUCGCGAUAUUACCAACGAUUUUAACGAGUUAUUCUACUGGAUGAAGAGUCAAGGCAUGUUUGAGUCGUCGCCGUGGCGAAUUAUUUGCCGACUUGAGGAAUGUUAGCUACUUUGGAUGGUGGGCCUGUACAUGUGUGGCGGUACUUCAUUUUUGGUGCAAUUCUUCGGCGCCGUGCU